AGAUAGCUGCUUUGCGUGAGAGAAACCAGGAACUCCAUUUACAAAAGGAACGUUAUGUUGAGGAGAAAACUGUAGAGAUGGCUGCUUUGCGUGAGAGAAACCAGGAACUCCAUUUACAAAAGGAACGUUAUGUUGAAGAGAACGCUGUAGAGAUGGCUGCUUUGCGUGAGAGAAACCAGGAACUCAAACAAGAGAAGGAACGUUCUGUUGAGGAGAAGGUGGACAAGAAGGAAAAUGAGGUGAAGGUGGAACCAGGAGUGAGGCACAAUGUGAAAAUGAAUGCCCUGGAAAUUGAGCAGAAAGUUUUGCGCGGAAACUAUGAGGAACUGAACAUGAAAUAUGAAAAGUUCCUCAAGAUGCACGAGAAGGACAAAGCAGAGAUGGCCACCUUGCAAAAGGCAAACCAGGAAUUCGAACAACAAAAGGAACGCUGUGUUGAGGAGAAGGAUGCAGAGAUAGCUGCCUUGCUGAAGGAAAACCAAACACUGAAACAAGAGAAGGAGCAUUGUGUUGAGGAGGAGGCGAAGGUGGACAAGAAGGAAAAUGAGGUGAAGGUGGAACCAGAAGUGAGGCACAAUGUUAAAAUAAAUGCCCUGAAAAUUGAGCAGAAAGUUUUGCGCGGAAACUAUGAGGAACUGAACAUGAAAUAUGAAAAGCUCCUCAAGAUGCAUCAGAAUGACAAAGCAGAGGAUCUCAAACAACUGGAAGAACCCUGUGUUAAGGAGAAGGAUGCAGAGAUGGCUGCCUUGCAAAAGACAAACCUUGAACUCAAACAAGAGAAGUUGCGUUGUGUUGAGAUGUCCCCGACGACUACCAAGAAGGCCGCCUUGACAAUGAAACUUUAG